AUGAUGGAUGAAUUUAUGGAUUUCAGACCAGUCAAGUACAGCGAGCACAAGACAGUGAUCAGGAAGUACACUAAAAAGCUUCAUGUGGAGAAGAAGAAGAAGAUGAGUGGUGCUGACUCGGCGAGAUUGGUUCGGGUGUCUGUGAUGGAUCGUGACGCCACUGACUCAUCAAGCGACGACGAAGAGUUUCUGUUCCCUCGAAGACGGGUCAAGAGAUUGAUUAACGAGAUCAGAGUCGAGCCUAGCUCCUCCGCCGAAGUCUCAGCUCCGAUUAAGACCGGUAAAAGCCUCACCGUUGAUUCUCCGCUUCAAAAAGUCUCUGUUUCCGGCGCCGACCAGAGCCAGAGGAAGUUCCGCGGCGUGAGACGUCGACCAUGGGGAAAAUACGCGGCGGAGAUUCGUGAUCCGGAGCAACGCCGGAGGAUCUGGCUCGGUACUUUCUCAACGGCGGAGGAAGCCGCCGUCGUCUACGACAACGCAGCAAUCAGGCUUCGUGGACCCGAUGCUCUCACCAACUUCACCGUACAACCAGAACCGGAACCGGAACCAGAACCGGAGAGCAACAUCUCGGUUUCUUCGACAUCAGAAUCAAUGGACGACUCUCAUCAUCUGUUAUCUCCCACAUCGGUUCUCAACUACCAAAUCCCCGAACCAAUCGAUGAACCGAUUAAACCGGCGGUUAAACAAGAGUUUAUUGAACCGGAACCAAUAAGCUGGCAUCUCGGAGAAGGUAAUAAUAAUACUGAUGACUCAUUUCCAUUGGACAUUCCGUUCCUCGACAACUAUUUCAAUGAAUCAUUGCCAGACAUCUCCAUCUUCGAUCAAUCCAUGUCUCCUAUUCAAUCAUCAGAGAAUGACUUCUUCAACGAUCUUAUGUUAUUCGAUAACAACAACGUAGCUGGAGAUAACUACUCUUCCGAUAUCAAAGAGAUUGGUUCAAUGUUCAACGAUCUUGAUGAUUCUUUGAUAUCCGAUCUUUUAGUUGUGUGA